AUGAUCACCAACGUGAGCGAAUACGAGCCUGUGUUUGACAUCCCGUACGUGCUACAGGCCCGAGCCAAGCAGUUCCGCGUGGCAUACAACAAGUGCGAGUUCCGUUGCAUCACGGUCGAACCCCCGCUAGAUGUCAAGUACAAAGGACGGUGUUUGUUUGUUCACGGCUAUAGGGAAUGCAGCGAGCUCCAUCUGCGCAUGAUGGACUCCUUGGCUCUUCAAGGCUACGCGUGUUUUGUUUUCGACCAGCGUCGCAACGGGCUGUCCAAGCCUUUGGGGCUUUUUGACUACACCAACGACCAUUACACGUUUGACGACCUCGAGUUCUUUGUGAGCUUCAAUCUGGCCAUCGACGCAGACAAUUUAUGCCUGGUGGGGCACUCGAUGGGCGGGGCCAUUGUACUCCAGUACAUGACGACCGGCCGCCAUAGACACAGGGUCCGCAACGUGGUGGCCUCGUCGCCUCUGCUGGUGCACAGAGACAACAACUGUGUGUGGAAGUUUCUGGUGAUGCUGGUUCUGAGCUACAUCCCGCUUUUGAACCUGUUGACGCUGCAAAAGACAGACGUCAACGUGGUGCGCAAGCAGCAGGUCCAGCAGUCGAGGCUGCGCGAGGAGGACUUUCGCAAGGUGGCCACGCGCAACCGGCUCACCAACGACCUAAGCUGGUUACCGGCCGUGAACCAGAUCCGGCUCAUUUCGAAAGUGGGCACUAUAGAGGAGGUGAUCCACAUUCUGCGCCGGGGGAUGGGCUUGGUAGAUAACGCGGAGCAGGUGGGCCGUCGGUUUGCAGAGCUGGACAGCUGCAAAUUCCUGAUCUGCCAAACUUUGCAGGACCCCCUCGCCGAUAUAGGGGGGGUGGAGAAGUUUGUCAAGGGGGUGCCCGAAGUGCAGCUGCGGUGGUACGAGGAGUGCAAGCACGCGCUGUUCAUUGAGCGCCAAGAGGUGUUUGAGGCCGUGGCGACCGACGUGGUGCGGUUCUUGAACAGCUAG